AUGAUAUUAACAGAAGCGACGGUCGCCAACAAUAAUUCUACUCUUCAAGGACCGAAGUCUUGGCCAGUCCAAGUAUACAUAACUACCAUUACAGCGAUUCUUUCGCUGUUUAGCACCUCUGUUAUUUUCGUUACAUAUAUCGCAUGGAAGGAUUACCGAUCAACCUCAAGAAGAAUUCUCUGUUACAUCUCCGUCGCCGACUUCUUACUUGCUGUGUGUUUUCUGUUUGGAACAUGGCGUCCGGAUCACGAGAAGAAUGAUCUCACUUGCAAGAUACAAGCCUGUGUCUCUACUUGCGCUUACUUAUGGUCGCUUCUUUGGACGACAUUUCUUGCUGUCUUCAUGUUCACUACUGUAGCAAAGAAGCAGCGUCGAAAAGCCGAGAUAAUGCUCAAAUUUUUUCAUGUCUUUGGCUGGGGGAUUCCUUUGAUUAUCGCAGGAACCGCUUUCAAAUUGGACAAAUUUGGAAGCAACUACGACAUUCUAACACCAGGUUGGUGUUUUAUAGACGAACGAUUGCCACGCAAUGAUUUGCAAUUAUGGCUUUGGCUGACAGGAAUAUCCUGGGAUGUUACUGCUUAUAUACUUGUCUCUGUGUUCUACUUGAUGUUGAAGUGCCAUAUUCGGAAUCAGGUAACUUUCGUUUAUCUGAAGAGUUAAUUUAGCCUACGUAGCUGGCGCUUGCCGGGGAAGGGGGUGGUGGGGGCGGGGGGUGGAGGUUGGUACUCAACGAAGUAUAACCAGGGGAGGCUCCGCCCCGUGGUCCAACCGCUUACCCUAUUAUAUUCCAUUUGACAGAAAAUGUACAGUAUCCCUUUCGUACACCUUCUAUCCGCAAAUGGUACUCCCUUCACAUACUUUGUUUAAAAACUUUGUAUUCCUAUUAACUACUGUAAAUGCACUGUAUAAAAUAUAGAUAACUGAAUCACAAAACCAGAUCGUUUCCUCGACUUUUUCACAGCCAUAAAAAGCAUUUGUUAGGCCGGCCUUUUGGGCCUUUUACAGACCGCAAUGACAGUUUUCUCUACCCUUUCAUAUACCUGAAGCCUGAAAAAGGUCCGUCGCUCGCCCCCGUUCCAUAAGCACCUGCUAGCCAGGCUAAAGUUUAAUAAUUAAUUAUAAGAGGUACGCCGCCUGCAAGCUGUUCCUUUAUUUUAAGCUGGUAAAACUGCGAGCAUUGGCAUAUUUCUAGCCCGUGCACAGCCGCCCCAUCCCCUAAAAAAUAAGAGGGGAGGUGGGGGGCGGCUGUAAUCAAGCUACAUAUUUCCACUAAAGAGUUUUAAAUAGUUCUACAUUACCGAAGCGGAAAAGGGGCAAUCGAAAAAUAUUUUGCAAAUCCAAAAAAAAAAAAAUUCAAAUCGCAAAAUAUUUUCUCAGAUCUCUGUCGAAUAGUUUGUAAAAUCUAAAAAACUAUUAGAAAUCGAAUCGUAAGAAAAUUAGUGGAUCCACAAACGACUUUUCCAACAAUCCGAAAAUAUUUUGCAAAUCCAUAAAAACUAUUUCAAUUCGCAAUUUUUGCACAAGCAUUAUUGAAGAUUCCGUCACAUCUAAAAAGAAAACAUUGCAAACGCUAAGAAACUUAUUAGAUCUGCAACUGACUUUUCAAAAAACUCUAAAAUAGUUUACAAUCCAAAAAUCGUCAUGAAAUCCAAAAAAAUACUUUGAAGAUCGAAAAACCAAAAGUUUUGUUAAGUGCUACUUACGCCAGCAGUCAGCCAGAGUUAUACCGGCGUUUUCCCGGCAUUCCGUUCCUGUCCGCAUUCAAAAUGGCAAAGGAAAGACGUUGGUUAAAGGUUAGAACGUAACGUACGAUCUUCUGUCAUAAAUGUGGAAGAGAGUUGGGGAACAAUGAAAUCUGCCUUCGGUGUGGAACACUAAAAAGACGUGAACAGGAGAGUGUGUUGUCCAGUUCGGGAGAAGUCUGUGUACAGACGGACCCUCCCCUACAAAAAUCGGGGAGAGAGAAACGUGAAAUUGAGAGCCCUUCAUCACUGUUCAUCAGUUCGUCUCACCAGGGCCAAACGCAACGUGGCACGGCAUGUUAAUUCUCUCAUUGGUAUGGGAAGAUGAAUAACGAUGCGCAGGCCACUUUACCGGCUAAUAAGCACUAUGAGGCAGCCAAUCUGAUACCAUUUUCCGUUCUAGAGUCUCUGUUGGGACUAGCAUUGGCCGCACUCUAUUGUCUUCUACCGUACGAAGGAAAAAACUUGCUGGGAUACUGGGUCGUUGCUGCUUUUACAUACUUUAAGCUAUAUAAUUCUCCAAGAGAAUCCAUCAAUAUAGCCAUGAAUCAGGUAAGCCAUACGGCUUCAACUUGUCGAAGCCAUCGACAUGCCGCGUUGCGUUAAGUUUGCCCCGCCGGUGAGACGUGACAUUGCAGCUUUCUAAUCUUACGAAGAGCAUAUGCGUCUGGAUCCUAGUGCUCUAGCACAUUUUCAUGACCACGUCUCGAGGAACAGUAACGUGGUAGGUUGCUCUUAGCUUGUUUCACAUCAUCCACGAUAUCCAAGAAGUGUGGAUGAACGGCCCUCGAUUUCACCCUUGAUUAUUACCUGAAUAGGGUGUUCUGAUGAAAAUGGUUUCUUCUUCAAAUCCAAACUGACGUAGCCGCCUUCUCUUCAAAGUCUUCGCGUUGAAUGAAAUCUCAUGGUAUUCUGCCAGAAAGUGAUCAACAAUGGUCCCACAACAAAAUCCCCUUUUAAAGUAAUGUUCUAUUACUGAUCUCUUGUCUCCCGAGCUGCACAACACACUUUCCUGUUCACGUCUUUUUAGUGUUCCACACCAACAGCAGAAUAUUUCAUUGUUUCCAAAUUCUCCUCCACAUUAUUGACAGAACAUCGUACUCUACUUCCUUCGCCAUUUUGGAGGCGGGCAAGGAAAUGGCGGGAAAACCCUGGUCUAACACUGGCUGACUGCUGGCGAAAGAAGUACGCAAGAAAAUAUUUUUUCCGAUUUUCAAAAUAUUUUUUUGGAUUUCACGACGGUUCUUGGAUUGUGAACUAUCUUCGAGUUUUUUAAAAAGAUAUUUGCCGAUGCAUAAGUUUAAUUCUUAGGAUUUGUAAUAUUUCUUUAGAUUUGACACUCUUCGAUGAUGACUUGUACAAAAAUUGCGAUUUGAAAUAGUUUUCAUGGAUUUGCAAAAUAUUUUCGGAUUGUUGAAAAAGUUAUUUAUAUGUGGAUCCACUAAUUUUCUAUGUUAAUCUUUAAUAUAUAGUUGUUGUUCCUUUCUCUCUUACUUAACUUUUAAUUUACUUUAUUUCAUUUGUUAGUAUAUUGAUUGUUUUGGUACUGAAAUAUUCAUGUCGAAGAUAAAGUCAAUAAAGUUUCAUAUUUUCUCUUGUUAUUUAUUAGCCUGCGAAUACAUCCAUCUUUUCUCCUUAGCGGCGAGGAGCGAGGAGAAACUGUUGAAUUCGCAGCCCGAAAUUAUUAUGCCCUUUUUAUACGGUUUCUCCUUUAUUUUCCCUCUACAGUAACGGUAUCUUUCUUCAUAGUUAUUAACAGACAGACCGCGGACUUUUUUUUCAGAUUCUUCAUCAGAAAAACCUAUUUCCAUCACAAGAAAUCAAGAACAUAGUUCUAAAAGCUGACAGAAUGUUAACCUUUGUGCCCAUUGUUUUCUUUCUGCUGCGUUUCUGUGGCACACUUCGAUGCAUCGUAUGUUUAUACACUGACGCUGUAAAAUCCCGCCCUUGGUGGAAUAAGAUGCUUCUUUAUCUCCAAGUAAGUUUCCUGUCUUAAUUAAGAGAGAACUAAUUCGUCAGAUGUUCAUGUGAAUUAUACGGGAGCCGGGGGGAACUCUAGGGAAGUUUUGGUAGAGGUGUUGCUGGCGCCGAGGCCUUCAUACCCUGCUGCCACUGUUAAAGAGAAAAAUGUUUCAUUUCGCUAUUCUGUUUAAGACAAAGACCUUAUUUUAUGACCCUGAUUCAUCUUGCUUCACAUACGUCAUUAUUUAGUCAGUCGGUUUCAAAUGGUAACAUUAUCAUUAUCAUUAUUGUUGUUGUUAUCAUUAUUUUUAUAUAUUCUACGAAAGUGUAGAGGGCGGUGAUCAUGCUCACUGUAUCCGGGGCAAAUCUGGAAAAAAAAGAAAAGUGAAGGUUUUUAACGCCACAAAUGGUUUGCCUUGCCAUAAUAUACCAGAAACCAUCGAUGAGAUUAAACAAGUCACAAGUCAUAAAAAGCAGCAAAAAAACAGGCCUUUGCUAUGUUACUCGCUUUCAUAGAAUUCAACAAAAGUUAUUAAGUUUUUUCGGCUAAAGAAAAGUGAAAGGUUUUUAACACCACAGAUGGUUUGCCUUGCCAUAAUAUACCAGAGACCAUCGACGAGCGGCUUAACAAGUCACAAGUCAUAAAAACCAGCAAAAAAAAAAAAAAUAGGCCUUUGCUAUUUAACUCGCUUUCAUAGAAUCCAGCAAAAGUUAUUAAGUUUUUUCGGCUGUAAAAAUAUAAUUCAUAAUUUUUGGUUAUUUCUUUUUUGUUCUGACAGGCAUUUGGAGACGGCAGCCAAGGGUUUGCUAA